AAUAAGAAGAGAGUAGUUGUAUUGUAAAGAAAAGGAAGAAGAGAGCAGAAUAAGGUGUCUCUCUUGGACUGAUUCGUUUCGUUUCAAUCAAUCGCAUAUAUCUCUUCUCUUCUUAUUUCCCCAUCCCAUCCAUCCAUCCCUCAACAACAAUAUAGAUAGAAGAGAAGAAAGUGGACAUAGUUUAUUGAAUUGAUGGCUGUUCAAGCUCAAUAUCCAUCCAAUAUUCUUCUUCUUCUUAACAACAAUAACAGCAGAAAUGGACAAGAAGGACAACAACCAUCAGGAGCAUUAGGACUAUCACUUCUUGAUCAAACUCAUCAUUCUCAUAAUAUCCUAUGCAACAACACAAGUACCAAUUCUCGCAAGAGAGUAAGAGAAGGAACAUCCCCUAACGUUAUUAAUCAUUUCUCUUUACAACCUCCUCAACCUUCUCAAAUUAUUCAUCUUUCUCAACUCCAUAAUCAUCAACAACAAAAUGUCUCCACUGGCCUUCGUUUAUCAUUUGAUGAUCAACAACAACAAAGAUUACAAUUACAAUUACAAUUACAACUUCAUCAACAACAACAAGGUUGUCACUCUUCAUCUUUCUCAUCUCUAUUACCACAAGGACUUGUUUCUCAAAUCAAACAACAACACGAUGAAUUAGACCAAUAUCUUCAAACCCAGGGAGAGAAUCUACGGCGGACAUUGGCGGAUAAAAGGCAAAAACAUUACCGGGAGCUACUAAAUGCGGCGGAGGAAGCGGUGGCACGCCGGUUAAGAGAGAAAGAAGUGGAAUUCGCAAAAGCCACACGCAGGAACGCGGAGUUAGAAGCGCGUACGGCCCAGUUAACCAUGGAAGCCCAAGUAUGGCAGGCAAAAGCCCGGGCCCAAGAAGCCGCAGCAGCUUCUCUGCAAGCCCAGCUGCAACAGACAAUAAUGUGCCAAACCGGCGAAGAUGCCGGCGGCGGUGUCUCAUGCGGCGUUGAAGGACAGGCUGAGGAUGCUGAAUCGGCUUAUAUUGACCCAGAUAGAGUGGUGGAAGUUGCGGCGGCGCGUGGGAAAUGUAGAGGGUGUGAAAAGCGCGUGGCAACGGUGGUUGUUUUACCUUGUCGGCAUUUGUGUGUUUGUACAGAAUGCGAUGCGCAUUUCAGAGUUUGCCCUGUUUGCUUUACUCCCAAGAAUUCAACCGUUGAGGUCUUUCUCUCUUAGCAACAACAAAACAAAACAAAAAUACUUACUAAUCAUAAAUAAUUUAUUGUUAUUGUUCAUAUACUAGUCUCUGGUAAAAAAGAUAUAAAUAAAUUUACAUUUUCAUUUUUACCUUUGGUUAAUGAAUGUACUUACAUGACCACAUUGGUAACAAGUGGCAUUUUGAUUUCAUUUUAUUCUAUUUAUUUAAUUUGGUUAUUUAUUUCUUUUA